UUGCUUAAUCCUCCACAAAGAAAGCAUUCUGCAUUAUGUUGCUUUUUUGGUAGCUUUGACUUGGCUGACAGAGACCAACAAGCUCCCCGUCAAACAAGAGGUUACUUCUUAAUUCCUCCAGAAAUUUGACCAGUUUUGCACAUUUUCAUCGAGUUCACAUCGAGAAAAAGAUCUGAAACUUAAAAAAGCUGAAUGUCUCUUGAAAAUUGUGGAGGAGCCUGAAACGCAGGGAAAGUUCGAAGAGGAUAAACUUUUUUUACUCCAAAAAGAAUUGCAUUCCGAACACGAGCAACUUUUAAGAAAAAGCCGUUGAUUUGCUAGCGGGAGAAUUUCCGAGCAGAACGAGACCUUGCUUGCGAUUGAACGGCAUGGAGGUCAACAAGCUGGACCGGAAGUUGAUCGGAGGACAGAUAGCGCUCGUCCCCACACUGGAUAAAAUCGACAAAGGGGACCGUUUUCAACGGAAGGGAAGACUUCCGACUACCUCCGUCCAACCAGCACGUGACGAUAACCACGUGCGCGCAAGUAACGACAGGUUGUCAAAAACCAAGAAAGUCUUCCGGUGCAGAACAUGCCUUCGUCCCUUCGCCAACCCAGAGAGCUCCCGCCUCCACGCCCUCACCCACUUCAACCGCCACGAGCUGGAGCAGUCCUCCCUUUUCCAGGAGAAAUGUCCCCACUGCGAAAAAGCAUUCUUCCAACGUCACCACUUUACCGACCACGUGGCUGCGCACGAAGGCCGGAAGAACCACGCCUGCCCUGUGUGCAAACAGAAGUUCACCCACAAAACAAGUUUGACCCCGCAUCUCUUCGUCCACCUGAGCCGGGAGGAGAGCGCGAAGGUGCGGCAGGGCUGGCGACAUGUUUGCUACUUCUGCGGCAAACGAUUCCAAAGUCAAUCCCAUCUCAGUUGUCAUCUUGUCGUCCACACCAAGGAAAAGUUGGGAGGAAGGUGUCACGUAUGUAGGAAAAGCUUCUCCUCCAAUCAAGGCCUUACCAAUCAUCGGUUCCUCCAUCUCAGCGAAGACGAGAAGGUCGCCCUCGUGAAGCAGGGAACGAGUCGAGUGUGCUUAUUCUGUCAGAAGAUAUUCCCCGAUAACCACACUUAUCAUGCCCACCUGGUGACCCACACGGAGGAGAAGCCUUUCACCUGCGACCAGUGUGGGGCGCUAUUCCCUCGUAAUAAUAGCUUAAAAGUGCACGCGCGUACUCACAGCGCGGAUCCGCGACCAUUCAAGUGCUCCGAGUGUGAACAAGCUUUCCCACAAAAAGCACAUGUGACCAUUCACAAGAGAACGGUUCACCGGAAUUUGAAGGACUUCGGGUGCCCCGAGUGCGGCAAAAAGUUCGGCAAGAAGAGUCACAUGGUGGAGCACGUGGAAAAUGUUCAUCUCAAGAGAAGGCACCCUUGCCCCCACUGCGGGGUGACGUUCCCGAGCAAGUCCAUUGCUGGCCGGCAUGUCAGGAGGGUUCAUCCCCAAGAGUAAUGCCCCCGUCAAACAACGCAUAACUGAGCGUCAGUUACUAACGACAUGUUUUCCAAACAUUAUAUUUUAUAUAAUACAUUUAUGUUUUUAUAUUUUUCUUAUUUCACUAGUUAUGACGAGAUAUUCUGAUAAAAAUGGUAGCAUUGAAUUGUUAAGGUGUAAACAUGAUUUUUGUUACCGUUUUGACCAUGGCGAUUUUUUGUAGUAAAAUCAUUCUCUGCUCUGUAAAA